CAAAACUACCCUAGCAUAAAAAAACCACUUAAAAGAAUAUUCCAUUAUAAUAUCCACAAAAUUCUCCCAUCUCAACCGCUUAUAAAACCACACUAACCACCCUUUCUUUGAACCCCAAACCAAAAAACACCCUCAACCAAAAUACCCAACCACAAGGAAAUGUGUGAUAGCUUCAAAUCCGAGUACCAAAUUUGUGAGGAGAUCGGCCGAGGACGAUUCGGCAUCGUUUACUGCUGUUUCUCCCCUUCAUCACUGGACUCCUUUGCCGUCAAAUCCAUCGACAAGCGCAACCUUCUCGACGACGACAUCGACCGCCAAUGCCUAGACAAAGAGCCUAAGAUCCUACAAGUUCUUUCUCCUCAUCCUAAUAUCUUACAGAUCCAUAAUAUAUUUGAUUCGGAUUCUCAUCUGCUUAUUGUCACCGAUUUGUGUAAGGAAGACACUUUGUACGAUCGUAUCGUGUCAGCAGGCCCCUUUUCUGAACCUGACGCCUGCUCGGUUUUUACCCAGCUGGCUGAGGCGCUUUUUCAUUGCCACCGUAACUAUAUCUGCCACAGGGAUAUAAAGCCUGACAAUAUCCUGUUUGACACACGGAACAGAGUGAAGCUGUGUGAUUUCGGAUCAGCAGAGUGGUUUGGUUGCGCAGGGGAGACGGAGAAGAUGAGUGGGAUAGUCGGGACGCCGUAUUACGUAGCGCCUGAGGUUUUAAUGGGAAGAGAGUAUAAUGAGAAGGUAGAUGUUUGGAGUGCAGGUGUAAUCUUGUACAUUAUGCUGGGUGGUGUUCCUCCAUUUUACGGUGACACUGUUGAAGAGACUUUUGCUGCUGUUCUUCAUGGUAAUCUUAGAUUUCCAACUAAAAUUUUCAGGUCUGUUUCUGCUGAAGCUAAGGAUUUGAUGAGGAAGAUGCUCUGUAAAGACGUUUCUCGAAGAUUUACCGCUGAGCAAGUUCUCCGGCACCCUUGGGUAACAAGUGGAGGAAUGACAAGCAUGAAUGACAUGACUUGAAAGCUGAAGAAUGAAUUAACCAAACAAGUACAAAAUGUUUUUAAUUUUGAGUUUGUAGAUAGGAGAUAAAAGUGGGAUCAAGAUGAAAUUCCUAGAGAAUGGAUUGUUCCAGAGUUCUUCAAAUCGACCGUAUUUGAUCCCAAGUUUUUUUUUGAGGCAACCAAAAUCCCAAAAAGGAAAAAAAAAAUUGAAGAUCUGAAAAAAAAAAAAAAAAACCCUAUUCCGAUUCCGACUAAUCGGUGGCUCGCUCGGCUCGGCUCGGCUCACUCACUCAGGAGAAGAUUCUAGACAAGGUUUUCCGGCUAAGAGUAUUAUAUGAGAUGCACCUUUUUUUUUACUAUAUGGUGUGAUCAAUAUGUAAGCAUUAUGCUUGUUUUUUUGUUAGUCUUUUUGUUUAACAAAGAGUAAAAAGUAAAGAAAAUGUAGAUAUUAGGACGAAUAAUGAUGUUUAGGCGUCUACUUAAUCACUAAGUUUCCCAUUUUGCCCUUCUUUUUUGUAGAGUAAUAUAGAGGCAAAGUUGAGAGAUUUUUCUUUUUAGUGAGUGAGCGCAUCUUGUGGAUGUUAUGUAAUAUGCCUAAGAGUAAUAAAUUUACUUUUGUACUAUACGUACUACUUUUG